AUGUCGAAGAGAAUAAUGUGUGAAGUAUUCUGUACUGCUGAAGAUAUGGGUCUUCAAAUAUUUUACCAGGACUGUGAUAGCAUGCAUAUUUUCAAUGAAGACAUCCCAAAGCUUACAGCAGAGUUUAAGAAGAGAUACGGUCGCGAACUUAUAGGAAAGAACCUUGGUCAAUUUCAUAGCGACUUUGCAGAAAUAACACCUGGAAAACAAAGUUUAGCAUACAAGUCAAUAUUUUGUGGAAAGAAGACCUACAUAGACUUACUCACUAACGAUUUAAAUGAAGUUGCAUUCCAUGCACGUUGCAAAGGUGUCAAACAAGACGUCCUUGCUUUAACAGCUAAUGAAAUGUUUCCUGAAGCUAUACAAUGCUAUUACAAUGAAGAUAAGAACAUUCACAUACCUGUUGGAACAUAUGACAAAGACUAUGAGUUCAGUUUAAUGAAACUUUACAAAGCACUUUAUGACGGUCAAGAGAUUGGAUUUGACUUAUGUAAGUCUUCUAGUCCUUGCUUUGCUGAAAAGUUUAACUUUUCUAUUCAGACUAAGACUUCAUUCAUAAGAAAGCUUAAGUUCUGA